UUUGGCAACACUGCCAAACAUAUGUGAUAAUAGGAGAGAAAAAAAUGAUUUGCUGAAAAGACAUUUCACGUGUAGAGUUCGGUUAGAUUUCCAGAGAAAAAUACAGCGAAAAUUAAGAAAUAAACUUGCCACAACAUUUUAAAUUAAAAACAGUUAAUUGCACACCUGCCUUUUUACAAUGAGUGAUGAUUACUUGAGCAAACCUCUGUCAUUGGCACCAUCUACGGGAAGUGACGAACCCAGGAACUCAUCACGUUUCUCCAAUGUGACAUCUGCAUCGACUACAUUCGGCGCACCAAUUUCGCCUUAUCUAAACUAUGACCCGCGAUUUUUGCAGCAAGCACAGCCAGAGUUCAUUUUCCCCGAGGGUGCCACCAAACAAAGAGGUCGCUUUGAAUUGGCUUUUUCACAAAUAGGCAGCUCCGUUAUGGUUGGUGCCGGUAUUGGUGGCUUGGCUGGUUUCUAUAAUGGUCUGAGAACAACAAAGGCCUUGCAACAGACUGGGAAACUGUGGCGGACACAGAUGCUUAAUCACGUUAUGAAACAAGGUUCAGGCACAGCCAACACUUUGGGCACAUUGGCCGUAAUGUAUUCAGGUUUCGGUGUGUUGUUACAAGCUGUGCGAGGAGAAGAUGACGAUAUAAAUACAGUGGUGGCUGGUACCGCCACAGGUUUGCUGUACAAAUCCACAGCCGGCUUAAGGAAAUGCGCCAUUGGUGGUGCCGUUGGACUGGGCAUUUCAGGUCUAUACUGUCUAGCUCAAUUGGCUAGAGCGAACGCCGCUUCGAAUGGUAAUUCCGGCAUGAAAUUCCUCUAAGUAAAAAUGCCAUAAUUAAGUUCUGUUUUCUUUUUAUACAUUAUCUGGUCCUUAUUUCCUUCUAGGGCUUUGAAUAAGUCUUCAUUUAAAAAUAGCAAAUAUUUUUUCCUUUUCUGAAAUAUGAUCUACAUAUUGCAAAUGAAUCGUUUCUCAUAAGUAACAACUUUUUUUAAAAUUCCUUUAAAUUUAAGUUAAGUUGGGCUGACUCCAAAGCAAAGCUAAUGGGAAUGCAUCCAAAUGCAUAGCGAGUUCAAAACAGAAAAAUAUUUCAGAGUUGUACAAUUUGCUACGAAAUUUCGAACCACGAAAUCCUCAUGUAUUUUUUUGUACAUUUUAUGUUAAUAUGAGACAUUUUUAAUAUAAGUUACCUGUAACAUUUAAACAUUAAAUUAAAAAUUGUAAGACGUUUUUUGUUGGAAAUGAUCCGCUUCACAAAUACAAAUAUCUUAUAAAGAAAA